AUGAUUGCUGCAGGGUGGGGUGAUCUCGGAUGGCGAUCGGCUCGUCAAAUCUCGCCACGUCGGGACUCGGGUUACUUAAAUCUUCCCCUCCCCGUUUCCCUUUCUUUCUCACACACAUUCACAAUGAAUUCAACACUUUCGUCGGGGACCUACUGGGGUCAAUUCGAGGAGAUCGGAAAGUACAACACAGAGCUCAAUGUCGCGGAGAGACUAUGGGCCGCCUGGUAUGCCUGGAUGCAGAAUGAUGUCCUCGCCACCGGCAUCAUGUCCUUCGUGAUGCAUGAAACGGUCUACUUUGGCCGGUCCCUACCAUGGGUGUUCAUCGACACAUGGGGGCUGUUCAAUCGCUACAAGAUUCAAGGGAACAAAAUGCCUUCGCUCAAGGAACAAUGGGACUGUGCCAAGUUCGUGCUUUUGAGUCAUUUCACCGUGGAACUUCCCCAGAUCUGGCUCUUCCAUCCAAUGGCCCAAUUCUGCGGACUUUCCACCACAAUCCCCUUCCCCACCCUCUGGACCAUGGCCUACCAGAUUGCGAUCUUCUUCGUGAUGGAGGAUACUUGGCACUACUUCAUGCACCGUGCGCUGCACUGGGGUCCCCUCUACAAGGCUAUCCAUAAAAUUCACCACCAGUACUCGGCGCCCUUCGGUCUGGCUGCAGAAUACGCGUCGCCCAUCGAAGUCAUGAUUUUGGGCUUCGGCACUGUCAGUUGCCCCAUUCUGUGGUGUGCCAUGACAGGAAACCUACACAUCCUCACGAUGUACAUCUGGAUUGUGUUGCGCCUCUUCCAGGCCAUUGACGCACACAGUGGAUAUGAAUUCCCAUGGAGCUUGCACCACUUCCUCCCCUUCUGGGCAGGUGCUGAUCAUCACGACCUGCAUCAUGAGAAGUUUAUUGGCAACUAUGCCAGUAGCUUCCGGUGGUGGGACUAUGUUCUUGACACCGAAUACACCCCGGAUGCGCUCAAGCGACGCCGCGAGAACAAGGCCAAGGGCACCAAGGCACAGUAA